ACUUCUUCACGACACUCAAAACAUUUUCUGAACCAACAGUAACAUUUUAAAUUCAAGUAUAGCCCUCUAAAACGCUCACGUGUUAUUUUUUAUUUACGUAACUUUUAAAUAAUUGUAAUUGAAACGCUACCAUCGUUAAUUACAGUAACGUCUGUACCGAUCUUACCGUAAGGAGCUCAACAGCACGCCAAAGAUCAUAACUGGAUUCCCCUUCAGAGGCCAUGUACCCUGUAGACCUUCCAGCUGUAGAUGACACUGAUCUGACAUCAGCAUCUGAACAGUACCUCUCUUCUUUGGAGUCAAGACCUCUUAAUAACGAGUGGUUUCAGUCAUCGCAGUUGUCAAAGGUAGCGAUAACAGCAAACAAUGUAAGGCGGUUGCAGCUGUUUGAAGAUGACCAACCUGACUGUACAGUGCUGGCGCUUCACCCUCCUGAUGAUCCAACACGAGUGGCAGCUUUAUACCUGCAUGGGAAGUGGUGGUGUUUGGAUGAUGUCUUACGAACGUCUAACAAAUCCAGAAGUGGCUUAAUGUUGGUGCAGUCAAUUAUGGAGAGAGUGAUUGUGUUCCUGCUCAGUCGGGUAGUGGAGCGGUCAUCACACGAGGAGGUGGUGUUCUCCCUGCACCCUCGCACAGAGAGCUGCAAACUGCUGUGGAGAGACAGCCAGGCGGUCGGCUUCUACACCGUCAAGCACAAAGGCAGCCUGUGUGACAGCUGGAGCACUCGCUGCUACCUGCUGCCUGUCCUGGACACAGUGCUGGUGAGGAGGAGCUGGAGGAGGAGAGGCUUUGGCCUUCAAAUGCUGAAGGAUUUGUGCUCCUCGCUCUCCACAGAGGGGUUUCUGGGAGUCAGUUCUCCACUAUCACCCAACAUGGUGGCAGUGUGCAGGAGGUUCCUGCAGCAGCAUGAGGAACAUCGGGACCGUCUGUAUGAGGUGGAGGCUCCAGGGGGCUGGACUCAGCGACGAAACAUCUGGCUCAACCUGCAGCUAGGCCGCUACCCCCUCAAUAUUAAUGAGAGCAGUCCAACAUCAGGAGAAACACAGAGGAAUGAAGAUGACUCCUCUCAGAAGACUUCCAAUUGUAGACUGGACCUGACCUCACUGAGCACCUGUGAUGUGAACAUUCCAUUGGUAAUACGCUCUUCUGAACAACAAAUUAAACCUUAUGAUCCAAGCCGAGGAGAAAUCUCCCCAAGCAGCAAAAGUUCUCAAACAGGAUGUAGCCCUGCAGCCCACGCCAAUGAUCCGGACCCUGGAUCUCCCACCAGACCACCAGAGUCCGUAAACACAAUACAAGCUCUGAAAUCCAAGCCCUCUAUAUCUGCAGAGCCCCGCAGAGAGAAGCCAGGGGAAACACAAAGAAGUACCAAACGAGUCAGAAGGACAUGAGGAUACAGAUACACGCACUGUGUGCAACAGCAGCCCUCAGACACUAAGUGGAUGCUAAAUCCACCUGAACUGUAUGAAAUGAAGUUUGCAAACCUUUUAAAACUGAUAUAUACAUAAAUAUAUAUAUAUAAAAAAAAAAAAUAAAAAUAAAAAAAAGAUAAUAAUCCAGUGAAUAUUUCCCAGCUUUCUGUUGUUUUUUGAGAAGAUGAGGAGCCAUCAGAGGAAAUGUUUGAAAUAUAUCAAAUAUUCAGUUUCAAGAAAAAAAAUUAAUUUAGAGGUUUUCCACACCAAUACAUGCACAAAUUAGUUAGGUAAUGGAGAAACUGGAGGCAUUGUUCAGGAGCAAGUUAUUAUGUGACAAGAAACUGAGAGGCAGGCUUUGAACUUGAAUUGUCAGACAACAAAUGGUGAAAGAGCAGCUACAAGACCAAGAACGACUCGAGCUGUGAACAGGCAGAAAGAAAAGCUGAUAGAAGACAAAAAAAGGCUGCUGAUUUUGAUGUAAUGCACGUUUAUGCUCUUGUGGCUACACUAAAAACCUAUGAUUUGUGCGUGCGGAAUCUUCAAAAAAACCUGAGCAUU